GUGUUAAUCAGACACCACCUCCUCAGAAUUACCGUCUCUAUCAUGAUUCAUCACAAGGACCAAACCAGGAUGACCAUAUUGAAAUUCCUCCUAUGUAUUAUGGUGGGCUGCACUAUGAAAGCCAUGUUGAUACUACCCAUGUGGCCAACCGAGCCCGGCAAUCAUCAUAUAAAAUGAUUUCUGUUGAGUCUGCUUUAGACAUAGUUUUGACGGAAACUCCUGUUGCAGAGACUGCUAAAUUUAAGUACUCAGAGUGCCUUGGUUAUUAUCUAGCAGAAGAUGUGUUUGCCAAAGAACCUGUACCUCCAUUUCGGGCUUCAAUCAAAGAUGGCUAUGCUGUGAUGAGCAGGGAUGGUGUUGGCAAGAGAUUGGUUAUUGGCAGUGCAACAGCAGGAAAUACUUCGAAGACCCGUCUAGAGUCCUCCUAUUGUAUGCGUAUCACCACUGGGGCCCCUGUACCACAGGGAGCUGAUGCAGUUGUACAAGUGGAAGAUACUGAAUUACUAAAGAAGACAAAUGAUGGGAAAGAGGAGUUAGAAGUAUUGAUUAAGAAAUCACCAACUACAGGUCAAGAUAUCAGGCCUGUUGGUGCUGAUAUUCCACAAGGUGAAAAGAUCUUAAAACGGAACCAAAGACUUGGACCUUCAGAACUUGGACUCUUAGCAACUGCUGGUGUGGUGCAAGCCAAAUGCUUCCAGAAGCCAACUGUGGCCAUCUUGUCAACUGGUAAUGAGCUUGUUGACCCUGGUGAUGUGCUUGAGCAUGGAGAAGUGCGUGACAGUAACCGUAUAACACUACUAGCUUUAAUGAAGGAACAUGGUUUCAAGACUAUUGAUCUGGGUAUUGCUGAAGACAGUCCUGACACACUGUUUACCAAGUUAUCCAUUGCUAUUUCUGAAGCAGAUGUUGUUGUGACGUCUGGUGGUGUGUCUAUGGGAGAAAAGGAUUUAUUGAAACAAGUUCUUGAAGAGGAUUUGGAGGCUGUAAUUCAUUUUGGAAGGGUUUUCAUGAAGCCUGGGAAGCCCACAACUUUUGCAACCAUUGACACAAAACAUGGACGGAAAUUAGUGUUUGGUCUUCCUGGGAACCCAGUCUCUGCAGUUGUCACAUGCAACCUCUUUGUUAUUCCAGCCAUCUAUCACAUGUCUGGCUGUCCAACACCUUGGAGAACAGUUGUAAAAGCUAAAGUGGACCGGAAUAUCAAGUUGGAUCCUCGACCUGAAUAUCAUCGAGUUGUGCUGUCAUGGGGACCUGGCGGAGUUGGGGAUGAUGAUGGGUUACCUACUGCUUCCAGCACAGGCAACCAGCAGAGUAGUCGGUUGCUCAGCAUGCAGUGUGCUAAUGCUCUCUUGGCACUGCCACCACAUGCUGAUGGCAGGUCUCUGGUCACAGAAGGAGAAGUCCUUGAUGCAAUUCUCAUUGGCAAUAUUAGCUCAAUGUAACAACAUGGCUUUCUCUCUUCCAAAAUUCUCUUUCUCUUUCCUUCUUUCUACCUUUUUUUCUCUACUUCUUUUUGCUCCCUGCCCUCACUUUUUCUUGUUUUUCUUGCUUUUUUCCUGAUUCCCCAUUAUUUCUUCCUUUUCACUUUUUCAUUCUCCCCCACUUCUUAUUUCUCUUUUCUCACUGUAUCCUUAUCUCUCUCUCUCUCUCUCUCUUCUAUUUUCCUCUGUUAUCCCUCGUUGACAAUAAUUAUCUCAGUGUUUUGCAUUGUGGAGUGGCAAAAAUGAUAAUUCAUCUUGCCAAAUAUCCUGUUAUUUUCACAAUUCAGUUCCACUGUGAUUGGCUUUCUUUCCAUCCUUUUCUGGACUCAGUGAAAUAAGUACCACUAAUACACCCAAGAUCCAUAUAGUGUUACUUCACUAUAUAUUUGUGCCAGAUCGAUAUUAUUUCAAUGUACCAAUAUAGCUCCUUCUCAUUCUUUCACAAACUUCUCAACUGAUACUAAUAGUGCAAUGUAAUCUUUCCCUGACUACCUCCAGCCCCUCUCUUCAUCCCCUUCCUUAUAUUUCUUGUAUAUUCAUAUAGCUAUCUCAUAUCAUCUUUUAUUACCAUUACUAGCUCAUCAUAAUGCCACGUCUUUCACUCUGGCUCUCUGUUCUUCCCCCUCUGUCUGUCUCUCUUUCCCUCUCUCUGUAUGUGUGUGCAUAUAUAUAUAUAUAUAUAUAUAUAUAUAUAUAUAUAUCCAUUUAUCUUUCUUUCUCAUUCUACUCAUUACCAAUAUUAAGUUCAUCGUAAUACCUUGGCUAUUGCCCUUCUCUCUUGCAUUCUUCUUGCUUUUCUUUCCAUGUCUAUCUCGCUUCUUCAUUUGGUAUGAUACCAAUAGCCAAGACAGCAGGACACUAAUCUAAAUUCUAAAUAUCAUAGAAUUUAGUUCUCUCUCUCUCUCUUUCCUCCUCAGUUUAGUUUCAAUGGGAUUUACCCCUUUGAUAUUGGCGAAAUAAGUAACUGUGGUAUACUAGAGUGAGUUUAUUGACUAUAGUUCUUUCUCUGAAACCUUGUACUUAGUUAAAAGAACUCAUUAUGCUCACUAUAAAUUUACUGUUUCUCUUUUUGUCUACCACCUUUUCCUUCUCUCCCACUUAAUUCCACUAGCUCCUCUUUCUCAGUCUUUGUCCUUUGCCUCUCUGUAUGUCUCUUAUUCUCUUUCUUUCUUAAUUUCUCUCUCUCUCUCUCUCUUAACUCUGUUGGUUUUCUAUGUGGUCAAGCAGUUUCUUUGAAAUAGCUUCUCAAAACAAAUCUAGUUGUCUUAAAAAUAGGGUGAUAACCACCCCUCCUCCCAAGUAUCACCUCCUUCUACCUAUUCACCAUCCUAUGUACUAGAUACAUAGGACAAUGCAGUCUCAAAUAUGAGCAUAUUAUGUGUAAUGGUCAGAUCUGCUUAAUCAGACAUUUUCCUCCUUGUCCCUACCUCUGUCUAUCUGUCUGCCUCUCUCUCUCUCUCUCUCUACCCCUUGGUCUAUUUUCCUGUGAUUUUCUUUUUGUUAUUUUCAUUCUGAUACCUUCCGUUCUUUUUAGCCUCCUUCUCUCUUAGCAUCUCUCCUUCCUCAUACCCCCCCCCCUACUAAUCAUGUCUCAUCAAAUCUCCCAUCAUGUUCAACUGGUAUGGUUUAUAUACCUAACCGAAUUCAAAUAAAUGAUAAAACAAAUGCACAGCAAAAUCAAAAUCAAAAUCAAAAUAGGGUGGUGGGAUAAGUUAGGGCACUGUGAAGGUUUAAUGUUUCAAGGCUCUCCAGGUGAGAAUAGUUUCAUUUUCCUUCAUUUGAAGGCUAUACCCAAUUUACAGAAGAUAACUUUUCUUCCCUAUAACCUAUUAUUAUUUACUUGUACUAACAGGUUUCUCUCACAGACUAAUAAGGAAACCUUUAAACAGUUGCUCAACCUGUUAGAAAUAGCAGAUAAAUUUCUUUUAAAUCAAACCCUACUUUUAAAAAGUCAGUACAUAUUUGAAAAUGUGAUUAUAGAUAUAAUGCAAAAAUGGAUUGGCUGUGGCUGGAAUGCCUUUGAUCAUAGAUCUGUUCUUUCAGAGCCAAUCUGGGGCUAAACUACAAACAGCAGUUUUGCAAAUUGAGCUUGCUCUUUUUGUUGAGCCUGUGUCUCAGCUGCUGACUAACUGUUAUUUGUCUGAGCGUGUUCAGUCCCACUGAGUGACAACUUGGGAAACCAAAGCCUUGUGAGUGGAUUUGGUAGAUGGAAGCUGAAAUAAGACCAUUAUGUAUAUCAUCAUCAUGUUCCAUACUGGAUUUUAUAUAUGUGUAUACAUAUAUACAUAGUCAUCUAAGAAUCCCUAAGUUGGAAAGAAAGUGCUCAUGUAUAUUUGUUAAUAGAGUGGGUACAUUAAUCCAAGUAUACAGUAUUAUAGAUUCAUUUCAGUUAAUCUUACCAAUUGGUUUGCACUGGGUAUCAGAUAACUGAUUAUUAGAUUGAAUGGUUAAGUAGCAUCACAUGCUCUUCAGAGAAAGCAGUGCAUACUUUUUCAACUGAUGGAUUCUUAGUUGACUAACACAUUCCCUCAUAUUGCAGCGUAUAUUGCAAUAGACCACCCACAACUUGUGCCUUAUAGAUGCUAUCCCUGGAUGUGCACACCACAUAGUCAUCAAAGACUCUCCACAGCCACAUUUUAUACAUCUUUUUACCACAUAUCUGUCAUCUCUGAGGAGCAUGUGGUGUUACUUAACCACACUGUUAUUUAAUAUCCAGUGUGAAACUGAUUGGUAAGAUUGGCCGAAAUGGAUAUAUAACACUUUACUUGGAUUGAUGUAUAUGUAUGGAUGUAUGCAUAUGAAUGCAUGUAUGUCUGUUUACAUCUGCUAUGUCUUGUGCGAAAGUGAUGUUAGAUUCUCCUAUCAACAAAUUGUCCAGACAGUUUGUGCCUUAGAAAUUGUGGAAUAAGUUUUCUUUUACUUGAGGUGAGGGCAAUAUGCUGUAAAACAAAGCACCAAGAAGGUUAUCUGGCUGUAAAACAAUGCCUUAACAUAUUCAUCCAACCUAUGGAAGUGUGGCAAAAUGGAUGUAAUAUGAACUGAUGAACAAAUGUCUAGCCCAACCAACAAGUCUCAAUAUAUUUUCAAAUGUCUUUGAAUGAUUAGAGAUCCUCCAUGCUUCACUGUUUUAUUAAAUUGACUUGCUUGAAAAUGGGUGAGGAUUGGUGACAGGAAGGACAUUUGGCUGUUGAAAAUCUACCUCUACAAAUUCCAACUAACCCAUACAAGCAUGGAAAAGUCUGUGUGUUAAAUAAUGAUGUUGAUUAGGAACACUAAAUUACAAGUUGUUAUUUAGCCCAAGACAUUUCAGUUGUGGCCGUCUUGUCUUUCUUGUAAAAAAAGUAAUUGUAUAUCUAGAAUCACAUUAUCAAAUUGCCUCCUAAUUUUGUAAUGAUAAAGGUGUGUUAUGAGAGAGUUUUGGCAGCUAUAUCUAGCAAGUCAAGCAACCAUGUAGAAGCUUUCAUACUGAAGAUAUAUUUAAUAUUUCGAGAAAAUGUUACAGUCAUUGAAAGCUCUUGACAAAUCAAAAUUGCAAUUCAGUUUCCAUUAUGAAUUGAAGAUUUUUUUACUGUAUCCAUAGAUUCUUGGGAAUGGUAUGAAAGUCUUAAAACUUCAUGAACAUCCUCAUUCUGUUAGAAAAUAGAGCCUUCUAUGUAGCAAAGAAAGAAAAAAAAAGAAUUCCAGUUAUUCCAGAACAUAAUGAGAAACAAUACACAUACCACAAAAACAUAUAACAAUAACUUGGUGACUAUUUUGUAAAUUCUGCUGAAAUUAUGACAAAUCUCUUUUUAAAUACUAUCUUACAUAUAUAUACAUACAUGCAUACUGUCUAACACAGGCCUGGUCAACUCGAAUUACAUUGCGAGCCACUUUAAUCACAGAAAAUUUUUUGAGAGCUGCUUGUAUACUGACAGAAUUGAAUGCAUUUUGCUUUCUCAUGCUAUUAUUACAAUAAUGAAUGAAUGAUCGUUGAUUCAACAUGAAAUAUUAUUGUUGCAAAAACAGUAGUAUCUUUCUUUUUUACUUUUCAUUACAAUCCUUAAUUUUUGAUAACAUUUUUUAAAAUGUUUGUUUAAAUAAACCCAUGUCAAGAAAGUAUCAAGUGAGCCGCAAGAUAAAAGUUUGCAAGCCGCAUAUAGCCUGCGGGCCUCAGGUUGACCAGCCCUGAUCUAACACAUACAUAUAUAAAUACUUAGAUAUAUGCAAAUAUUUACACACAAGGACUUUCUCAUUUCUUUCUUUACACUAAUUCACUUUCUUACACAUACACACACACACACACUAACAUAUAUGCUUCAUCUUCUGCCAUACAUACUCAGAGAAGCACACAAGUAUUUGUUCCACCAACACAACUUCAUCACUUCCUUACCUACUCAAAACUAAGCAGACUGUUACAAUCCCUAAAAUGCUGACACACUCAUACACACAACCCCAAAUAGACAAAGACAAUCAUGCACACAUUCACAAACAGCUCCUUUAAUUUUUUCAUCACUCAAUCUUUCAAUGACACAUAGACACUCAUGCAUACAUACACACAUCGACACCUACAUACACUUUAUUUGCACUGAUGCAGAAGUGCAUUAAGGUGUUUAUAUGAUGGUGAUAUACUUGUACUUACUGUGAAAGAUGAUUUUCAGAGCGUGGACCUCGCUCUCAUUUUAUGCAUGAAAUCAUAAGUGCCUAAUUUAAGAUAAAUUUAUAUAACAAAUAUAUUUGUUUUAUGUGACUACUAAUGUUUCUUAUAUUUUUUUUUUUAAUAUAAUAAUGGCUUUUAUAUAUAUAUAUAUAU